UCUCCCUGUGGUGCGGACGCAAACCCGGGCCCGCUGAAGCGCACGCGGUCAGACCCCACGCGAAGGGUCACAAGCCGAAAAGGCAGCGAAACUGUAGACAGGGAGAAUGAAGAAAAAGGCAGUGAUAACAGAAAGGAGGAUGGGAACAGGCCGAAGAGGAAUAAUGAUACAGAAAUCUCAGUUGCUGCUGCUCUCUGCAGAGGAAUAACAAGAGUGUGCAGGUAUAGAAAAAGGCACCAGGCAGCCAUAGCUCUUGCGGAUUGAUGUGAAGGCUGGAUGAAGAAGAUGCCGAGCACUUCUGAUAAGGCAGGCCACAGCUGCUCUGAGACUCGUAUCUGGACCAAGGAUUCUGCCCUUUGCUAAGGUUUCUCUGUGCUACUGGAUUAACGUUUGGAGGCUGUAAAAAUCCUAGAGGAGGAUAUGGUGAGAGCUAAGCCUCUGUGUAACACCUUUCUCAAACUCUGGUACAAGGGUACUGGGAAAAGGAACAACAAGGAGGAGAAGAUGGAGAGUUUAUGGGCCACACCACUGACUGAGAAUUAUAUGCUGUCCCCAGCACUGGCUGACUUCCUUGGAAAUUAAAGCAAGCAGUUUAUGAGACCUGCUGCUUCGCACAGACUGUGCUUUCAGAAGCUGUUCAUGGAAUUCCCCAGAAUUAUUACUAAAAUGUUGACUGUUUUUCAUCUGCAUUUGAAAAUCAGACUUCAGAAGAGCUGAUUGGAACAACAUGUGUACAGUGGAGAAGAGAAGUAUACCUGUAACUUUAGCUUCUCUACUCGGUCGUGCUCCAAAAAGACAAGCAUGCCUGACGCAGACAGAAGAGACAUGCAAGAGAAACAACUUUUGAACCAUACGUCUCAUGAGGCGCAAAGGCUGUUACCUGGGAGAAGCAACCAUGCUGGAAACCUGUCUCAGUCUGAGAAGAAACUCCAAGAGGCUAUUUGUGUGCUGCUGGUGGAGCUGUGCGAGAGAUUCACGUUCUUUGGCAUUGUCUGCAACAUGAUCCUCUUCUGCACUGUCAAACUUGGCUAUCGCAACUACCAGGCAGCUAUUGUCAAUAUGUGCUUUGUAGGCACCUCUAUGCUGACACCAGUACUGGCUGCCUGGCUUGCUGAAUGCCUUGUGGGCAGGAUCAAGCUUGUGUGCAUCUGCAUGUUUCUACACUUCCUAGGCACAGCGCUAUUACCUGUUGUGGCAUUCCCCUUUGAAGAUAUUUACAUUGACAGACGACAUAUUCUUCAUACGCUGACCAAAAGGGAGCAGAAAAUAGUAUUCUACUUUGCACUACUCACAGCUAGUCUGGGAAUAGGAGGCAUAAGAGCUAUAGUGUGUCCAUUAAGUGCAUACAACCUUGAGGACUGUGGACCAAAAGACCUUCUUUCUUUUUUCAACUGGUUUUAUUGGUUGGUUAACUUAAAUUCGGCAGUUGUCUUUGUCAGCAUUUCUUAUAUCCAGCAGUCCGUGGCCAGGAACCUUGGUUUUCUUAUCCCAUUUGUGUCCAUGCUUAUGGCUAUGAUCACAAUUCACAUGGUGCGGGGUGAAAUGAUUUACAAACCCAAAACAGGCAGUUCCUUGAUGACGACUUUUGGGGUAAUUACUAGUGCACUAAAAACGUGCUGUGUGCGAUAUCGCUACUUUAGCGGAGGCAUGACAAACUGGCUAGAUCAUGCCAAGGAAAACUAUGGUGGUCAGUACAGUGAGACCCAGGUGGAAAGCACAAAGUUGCUUGCCAGGCUUUUCCCGUUUUUUGCUUUCCAAAUUCUGUACAGAACGUGUAUUAUGCAGAUUCCUUCAGGAUAUUAUCUCCAAACCAUGAAUUCCAACUUGCACUUCAGUGGAUUUGUCUUGCCAGUUGCAGCGAUGAAUGUGAUAAGCAUCGUGCCACUACUGAUUCUUGUUCCUAUUUUGGAAUGCAUUAACUCAUAUCUCUUUAGUUCCAAGGACACUGGACAUUCUACAACAAUUUACAUUGUUGUAGGUCAGUUAUCUGCUGCACUUUCCGUGAUGGUUGCUGGCUUCUCUGAAAUACACCGAAAGCAUUUCCCUCAGGUGGAGCAGACUCUUUCUGAGGAGGUUCUUCUGGUCUCCUCCAUGCCUUGUUUCCACUUAGCUCCUCAGUAUAUCCUACUUGGAGUGGCUGAGGCCCUGGUAACUCCCUCCUGUUCCUUACUUUCAUUCCGGCUUGUGCCAGAAAGAAUUAGAGGGAUUUCCAUGCAUUUUUUAACUCUCUUUAAUGGAGCUGGCUGUUUUAUGGGAGCUUUCAUUGUUCAAACAGCCCAUGCGGGCACUCAAGGCAACUGGUUUCCACACAAGCUGCAUGAAGGUAAAUUGGAGAGAUUCUUCUUCUUCUUGGCUUCCUUAAUGAUGGUGAACACCCUGGGGUUCUGGACCAUUGCACACAGAUACAAAAAUCUGAAUCAGGAAUUCACCAAUGAGUUCAGAGGAAGUCUUCCUGAAGAAAACCUUUUGAAGCAUGAAAAAGCCAUCAAGCAUUGUGCUGGUGUCCUGGAAAGUUCUCCCAUUUUGUCUCCUAUGGAGAAAACUUGAUAAAAUUUCACCCUUUGACUAAAUUUUGAUUGUGUUAUCAACCAGCUUUCUGAUAAAUUACCUAGCAUACUUAAGUGGAACUGCCAAUGUUAUUUAUGAAUUAUCUUAGGAAUAAUGUUAUUUAUAAGUUUGCAAAAUAGCAGUCAUCGUAGAACUUAACAGUGCAACAUCCUGCAAGGCCGUAACACAUCAAGGGCAAGCAGAGCUCACUGCUUGGCGUGGUUGAUGGAGAGAGGCUUCUAACCUCUGUAGGGAAACAGGCAUCCAUGUGUAUUCGUGCUUAGUAAUGGUUCAAAAUUAAUAAACUCAUGUAUGCAUUUAACAAAUUA